UCCCACCCCACGUGGACGCGCAGCGCGAGUGCACGUACGGAACGACUUGCAGCCCGAUUGUGGACGAGAAGAAAAAGGGGAGAGAGAGAGAGAGAGAGAGAGAGAGAGAGAGAGAGAGAGGGGAGCUGUGGGAGGAGGGCGACGUGACGGGAGGACUCAAAACAGAAGCUCUCAGGACUACGGCAGAAAGAGAGAGAGAGAGAGAGGGAGAGAAGAGGUGAAACAAAAAAAUACUGGAUCAUAUCUACGGCACAUUUGGAGAUUUGAGCAGCCGGAUACGUGGUGCGGACUGUUACGCACGACAGCGUUUCCCUGCGGUAGAAUCAGCCUGAGUGUUUGGACAGGAGGCGCACGGCUUGCCUGCUCUUCCUCGUCAGAAAAAGAGGGUUUAUAGCGGGGAGGUUUACGGAGCAGCGGGCUGAAGGCACAGUGGAGGAGUUGGAAUGUCCUGAGUCAGUCCUCCGGGCCCAGAGAGCGCUGUGCUGAUGGGACCUGCUGCGCCACCAUGAGCUUACAAGAUGGCUGCUGCAGCUACGUCAGCAGCGCCAACAUGGCCACCGCUAGUGGCAGCAUGCGGCGGCGCCUGGAGGACCAGGAGUUCACUCUGCGCGUCUACCCAGGCGCCCUGGCUGAGGGCACCAUCUAUUGCCCUGUCAGCGCCCGCAAGAACACCACAGCUGCUGAAGCCAUCGAGUGCCUCAUCGACCGGUUGCGCCUGGAGCGUACCAAGUGCUACGUUUUGGCUGAGGUGAAGGAGUUCGGCGGGGAGGAAUGGAUCCUAAACCCUGGCGAUUGCCCUGUCCAGCGGAUGAUGUUAUGGCCGCGAAGUGCCCUGGAGAAUCGCAGUGGUCUGGGCAGCGGCGAUGACUACCGCUUCCUCCUGCGGGAGAAGAACCUGGACGGAUCUAUUCAUUAUGGCGGCAGCCUGCAAAUGUGGCUGCGGGUGACUGAGGAGCGCAGACGAAUGGUGGAACGGGGUUUCCUCCCUCAGCCUGCAGGGAGCGACCCUCCGUCUGACCUUUGUGCUCUCCCAGAGCUAACGGAGCGCGCCCUUUUGGAAAGCCUCCGUGCACGUUUCCGCCAGGAGAAGAUCUACACUUACAUUGGGAGUAUUCUUAUUGUGAUUAACCCAUUCCAGUUCCUUCCGAUCUACAAUCCUAAAUAUGUCAAAUUGUACGACAACCACACACUGGGGAAGCUGGAGCCCCACAUUUAUGCUGUGGCAGAUGUGGCCUAUCAUGCCAUGCUACAGCGCAGAAAGAACCAGUGCAUAGUAAUUUCUGGUGAGAGUGGGUCAGGGAAGACCCAGAGCACCAACUUUCUCAUUCAUCACCUGACUGCACUCAGCCAGAAGGGGUUCGCCAGCGGGGUGGAGCAGAUCAUCCUGGGAGCUGGGCCUGUGUUAGAGGCCUUCGGGAACGCCAAGACGGCCCACAACAACAACUCCAGCCGCUUCGGCAAGUUCAUCCAGGUCAACUACCAGGAGAGUGGCACUGUCAAGGGGGCCUAUGUGGAGAAGUACCUGCUGGAGAAAUCACGUCUGGUGUACCAGGAGCACAAUGAGAGGAACUAUCAUGUGUUCUACUACCUUUUGGCCGGAGCCAGUGAAGAGGAGAGGAAGUCCUUCCACCUGCUCAAACCUGAGGAAUACCACUACCUCAACCAGAUGACAAAGAAAUCGCACAAACUCCACUGGGACAAUUACUAUGAGAGCGAGCUGCAGGACUGCUUCACAGUGGAAGGAGAGGAUCUGAAACACGACUUUGAGCGGCUGCAGCUGGCUAUGGAGAUGGUCGGCUUCCUACCCUCCACACGCAAACAGAUUUUCUCCCUGCUGUCUGCAAUCCUCCACCUGGGGAACAUCCGCUACAAGAAGAAGACCUACAGGGACGAUUCAAUCGACAUCUGCAACCCAGAGGUCCUGCCCAUUGUCUCAGAGCUGCUAGAGGUGAAAGAGGAGAUGCUGCUUGAAGCGCUGACGACCAGAAAAACUGUGACUGUUGGAGAGAGACUCAUCGUGCCCUACAAACUUGCAGAGGCGGGCACGGUGAGGGACUCCAUGGCCAAGUCGCUGUACAGUGCGCUGUUUGACUGGAUUGUGUUCAGGACCAACCAUGCCCUGCUGAACAACAAGGAUCUGGAGGACAGUUCAAAGAUCCUGUCCAUAGGAGUCCUGGACAUCUUCGGCUUUGAGGAUUAUGAGAACAACAGCUUCGAGCAGUUCUGCAUCAACUUCGCCAACGAACGACUCCAGCACUACUUCAACCAACACAUCUUUAAAUUAGAACAGGAGGAGUACAGGGCAGAGGGCAUCACCUGGCACAACAUCGACUACAUCGACAACAGCGGCUGCAUCAACCUCAUCAGCAAGAAACCCACAGCUCUGUUCCACCUGCUGGAUGAGGAGUGCAAUUUCCCCCAGGCUUCUAACCAGACCUUGCUGGACAAGUUCAAGCGUCAGCAUGAAGGAAACAGCUACAUCGAGUUCCCUGCUGUCAUGGAGCCUGCCUUCAUCAUCAGACACUACGCUGGGAAAGUCAAGUACGGAGUCAAGGACUUCAGGGAGAAGAACACUGACCACAUGCGUCCCGACAUCGUGGCCCUGCUGAAGAGCAGCAAAAACGCCUUCAUCUGCGGCCUGAUGGGAAUCGACCCCGUCGCGACUUUCCGCUGGGCUGUGCUGCGAGCUUACUUCAGAGCCCUGGUGGCUUUCAGGGAGGCCGGCCGCAGACACACCCACAAAAAAACUGGGAAUGAUGCUGCAGUUCCCUGUACUGUCGUCAAAACUGUUGACAGCUUCAGUUUCCUCCACCACCCGGUUCACCAGAGGAGCCUCGAGAUCCUUCAAAGAUGCAAAGAUGAGAAAUACAGUAUCACCAGAAAGAAUCCCCGGACUCCUUUGUCAGAUCUUCAAGGCACCAACGCCCUGAAUGAGAAAGCCAGCUGGGAUGGCUACGGCGUUGGCUGCAACGGUCGCAGCUCCAGGUCGAGUCGUCUCUCCUCGACGGGAAGUCCCGCCCUGGAAGAAGAUGGGAUCUUCCUCAACUCGACCAACAGCAAGCUCCUGGAGAGAGCUCAGGGUAUCCUAUUGAGAAACAAAAACUGCAAAAGCAAGCCGACCCUUCCCAAGCACUUGCUGGACGUGAAGUCUCUGCGCUACCUGAGCAGCGUGACGCUGCACGACCGCAUCACCAAGUCUCUGCUCCACCUGCACAAGAAGAAGAAACCGCCCAGCAUCAGCGCACAGUUUCAGGCAUCUCUCACUAAGCUGAUGGAGACUCUUGAUCAGUCGGAGCCGUAUUUCGUCAAGUGUAUUCGGUCCAAUGCUGAGAAGCUGCCGUUGCGUUUCAAUGACAGUCUGGUGCUCAGACAGCUCAGAUACACCGGUAUGCUGGAAACCGUUCGCAUCCGCCAGUCAGGAUACAGCAUCAAGUACACCUUCCAGGAAUUUGUGCGUCACUUUCAUGUGCUGCUGCCUCGGGGCACAAGCCCAACAAAGUCAGGUAUCAGGGAGUUUUUCCGACGGAUCCACCUGCCACCUGCUGGGUAUCAAGUGGGCAACACAAUGGUGUUCCUGCGGGAGGCGGAGCGUCAGCGACUUCAGACCCUCCUCCAUCAGGAAGUCCUGCGGCGAAUUGUCACACUGCAGCGCCGCUUCAGGGCCGUCCUGGAGAGGAAACACUUUGUCAACAUGAGACAAGCUGCUUCUGCCAUCCAGCGAUGGUGGCGAUGCUGCCUCCUCAAACAGUCAACCAUCGACUCGAGUAUUGAGGAGGGGGCGGCGGUUUUCCUGCAGGCAGCCUGGAGGAGCUACGUGGAGCGCAGGAGGUUCCUGCAGUGGCGGGACUCUGCCGUCGUCAUACAGAGGAGCUGGAGGAACUGCUGCCAUCGCAGAUCUUCAGCAGCUGUGACGGUUCAAACAGCCUGGAGAGGAUUCAGAGAGAGGAGCCGGUACUGUCGGACAUACAGGACUGUGGUGCAGCUGCAGGCGAUGAGCAGAGGAUACUUGGCUCGACUCAGGUUUAGAGAACUGAAGGAGCAGCAUGAAAGACAACGACUCAGCAGACAACAGAGUCCACCAGCAGAAAUGGAUGCAGGAACCAUGGAGGACCUCACCUCAUCGGGACAGGAAAGUUAUGUCCAAGACGUCUCCACAGAACUUUCUGAAGACUCUAAGCUGGCUUCAUUCGAUGUGGGAGAGACAGAGAAAGAGGAGGACUCAGAGCGAAGUAGGAGCAUAGACGAGAUGAGUCAUAGGAACCGGUCAAAACGAGAGAGCAGACGAAUGAGGGAGCUGGAGCAGGCUCAGUUCAGCUUGGAGCUUCUGAAAGUCCGGACCACCAGUGUGCAAGAAGACUCGGUUCCAGACAGCAGCUCCUCUCAGCUGGAGGAUCAUCACAGACAUUCACCCCGAGGAUCCCCAGCUAGUCAUGGAAGUUUCGAACUGCUCAAUGUGGAGGACAUGGAAACUGAAGGUUCCCAGUCAACAGCACCUCAAGAACAACCCCAAGCUCUAGAUAUUCAACCACACGAGGGACUGAGAGAUUCAAACUAUAAUGAAAAAUCUGUAACAGAGGCUCCCAGGGCAACAUUUUACAUUGCUUCUGACCAAAGUCCAGUUCAUGAACCAAAAUUCGAAAGCCCCAGCAAAUCAUACAAAGAGAGAAGGGAGUCCACGUCUCGAAGGCCGGUAGUGGUUUUAAUCAGUAUGCAGAAGGAGAGUCCUGUGGAGGAGAGGGAGCUGCUGGCAGCCCAAACCCUAGAAAAAGCUCCUCAAACAGGAGUAGCAUCAUCCAGUUCCCAAACGACCCCCAUUGUCGGCUUGGAGGUGGGAUCAGAAAUCGAGCAGGCUCAUGGGACUGCUACCCAGCCCAAAAGAGAUGUACAUGUGGUGGACAAGUCCUCUAAGGUCCCCUCUUCAACCACUCAUGGACCAAGUCCAGAAGCACCAGGGAUUUGCUCCUCAGAGGUGGACAUCCAGAUCAUCCUGGAGCCCAAGCCCGCUGUUCUCCCCAGUCAGCAGGAGAGGAAGGUGGUCCAGCCCGUCCAGGAGGCUCCCAGUCCGACACUGGACACCAAACCACCCAAGGCCCAGAAGAAGAGCUCGGCCCAGACUGUGAUUGUGAACAUGGUGGAGAAACCAUCCAGCACCAUGUUCUCCCCACCCAGACGCAAACUGCCCUUCUCCAAGUCAGAUAAGGAUUUGGUGAACCAGGAAAGAUCUCUCGCCAUGUUCAGAGACGACUCUAAAUCUGCUGGAUCCAGAAACAGAGAGCAGGUGGGCCGUCCGGGCCCCAAAAAGAAAGCUCGAAUGUCCCGGACGCGCUCUGACUUCCUCACCCGCUGUAACUCUGAGGGGGCGACCCAGUCGGAUGACGACGAUGAAUACUACAUCCCCGCCCACUCCCGCACGCUGCCCCCUUCCCUGUCUCCCCCACGCGCCCACCCCGAGGCUGACUGUCACAGUGACUCAGAGAUGCCGUCUCAUAAAGACCAGAAGAAGAUCCAUAAGACCAUGUCAUCAGGGGACCUGGGCAAAGUGGAGGUCCUCAGGAAAACGUCCAGUCAUGAUGGAAGCAGGAUGAGGGGGAAGAUGCGAUUCUGGAGUAAGACGAAGCACGGAGAGAAAAAACUGUCAAGAGAGAAGCAGGCGAGCAGGAGUGAAACUGGAGAGUCACAUGAGGGCCCAUCUCCUCCUCACAGUCCGGACCUGGAGGCGGCUCCUUCUCGGGGGGUCAGGGACAGUAAGGAGAACAAGGAGCCUUCUCCUAAAAUGCGGAGACGCCGCAGUGUGAAGAUCAGCAGCAUCGCUCUGGAGCCCGCCCAGUGGCAGAACGACGCCCUGCACAUCCUCACGUCAGCCCACGACUACCGCAGCAUGAACGACUUCCUUAUGAAGAAGAUCGCUGACCUGGAUUCUGAAGACGGUAAGAAAGACACCAUGGUGGACGUCGUCUUCAAGAAAGCGCUGAAGGAGUUCAGGAUCAACAUCUUCAACUCGUACUCCACCGCUCUGGCCAUGGAUGAUGGGAAGAGUAUCCGUUACAAGGAUCUUUACGCCUUGUUCGAACACAUCCUGGAGAAGACCAUGCGUCUGGAGCAGAGAGACUGGAGCGAGUCGCCGGUGAAGGUGUGGGUCAACACCUUUAAGGUUUUCCUGGAUGAAUUCAUGACCGAGUACAAGCCCAUGGAGGGAACCAUCGGCAGGGCUCCGAAACGUGAGCGCAAGAAGUCACGGAAGAAGGAAACUGACAUCGUGGAGGAACACAAUGGCCACAUCUUCAAGUCCACCCAGUACAGUAUCCCCACCUACUGCGAGUACUGCUCCUCCCUCAUCUGGAUGAUGGACCGAGCCUGCGUCUGCAAAUUGUGUCGCUACGCCUGCCACAGGAAGUGCUGCUCCAAGAUGACGACCAAGUGCAGUAAAAAGUACGAUCCGGAGCUGUCGUCUCGGCAGUUUGGCGUGGAGUUGUCCCGUCUGACCAGCGAGGAGCGAACGGUGCCACAGCUGGUGGAGAAGCUCAUCAACUACAUCGAGAUGCACGGCCUCUACACAGAGGGGAUCUACAGGAAGUCGGGCUCCACCAAUAAGAUCAAAGAACUCCGUCAGGGGCUGGACACAGAUGUGAACAGUGUGAAUCUGGACGACUACAACAUCCACGUCAUUGCCAGCGUUCUCAAACAGUGGCUGCGUGACCUGCCCAGCCCGCUCAUGACCUUUGAACUGUACGAGGAGUUCCUCAGGGCCAUGGGUCAGCCAGACAAGCGGGAGGUGAUCCGAGGGGUGUAUUCGGUGAUCGACCAGCUCAGCAGGACACAUCUUAGCACACUGGAGCGCCUCAUCUUCCAUCUGGUCAGGAUCGCCCUGCAGGAGGAGACUAACAGGAUGUCAGCCAACGCCCUCGCCAUCGUGUUCGCUCCCUGCAUCCUCCGCUGCCCAGAUACCAUCGACCCGCUGCAGAGCGUCCAAGACAUCAGCAAAACCACCGCGUGUGUGGAGCUUAUCAUCAACGAGCAGAUGAGAAAAUACAGAGCUCGUCUAAAGGACAUCAGCAGUCUGGAGUUUGCAGAGAGCAAAGCCAAGAGCAGACUGACCCACAUCAGGAAAUCCAUGAAACCUGUACUAAUUGCUGUUAGGUUUAUGAGCAUAACCCGCACUGCCACCCCGCCUAACACAGCUAAACUUAAGAGCAAAAGCCGCGUUCGACAGACCAGCACCCACGCGCCCUCGCCUCCUCUCAGCCCCCGAGCACCUUCUGAGGUGGACGGAGAGAGUGCAGGAGGAGGUGGUGGAGGUGGAGGAGGAGGAGGAGAGGAACCAGCAGAGGCCGGGCUGAACGAGCAGCAGCAGCUGGCGAUGCAGCAGGAGGAGCGAAUCCUCACCGAGCAGAUCGAGAGUCUGCAGAAAGAGAAGGAGGAGCUGACAUAUGAGAUGUUGAUCCUGGAGCCACGGGCGUCCGACGACGAGACUCCUGAAUCUGAGGCCUCCAUUGGGACAGCAGACAGCUCCGAGAAUAUCACCAUGGAAACCAAGGGAGCCACCUCUGACCCUUCUGAGCGCGGCACUUAUCGCUCCAGGAAGUCAGAGGCAAAAACCAGACGACCUCUGCGCCGUCAGCCAGACUCCCAGGAUUCAGCGGACUCCACCUCUACCAUCUCCUCCUCUUACUACCCGUCCUCCUCGCUCUCCUCUAAUGCGUCCGGCUCUCCAUCCCCUCACUACCGGUUCCGCUCCUCCUCCUCUGGGCCCCUGCUCACCUCCUGUGGUCUGGGUACCCCGUUGGCCGAGGCAGAGGGGGGUCACAGAACCGGCAAGACCCAGCACAGGCUCAGGCUGAGCCGCAGCUCACCGCGCGAGCCCUCGGGGAGCCACCGCAGGGAGUCGGACUUCAGCUCGGGGCCACAGCAGCUGGUUCUGUACGGCAGCAACGAGUUCAUGGUGUGAAGCUGAGGAGGGAAGGAACGCCGGCCGCCUCCGCCUGCUCGAGCUCAGGAGGGUGGUGCGAGAACAGGAGGAGGGAGAGUCUGGGGUUGGACGAGGCUGGUCACGGGGCAAGGUUCAUGCCCAGUGUCGCCUGCUGCCUCCCCCUCAGUGCCCAACCCCCUCUUCCCCUGGUCCAGUCAAAGCAGAAAGCUGUGGGAAUAAAAGAAGAGAAGACUGGAAAUAUUACGCAGAGGGACAAAACAAGAGUUGAAGGAGGAAGACUGAUGACUAAAGCAGAAAGAGUGAAGUGAAAAAUUUGUUGACUCUCUAAACUCAGUGCUGUUUGACCCCUGCUGGAGCACCAGGGGUCAGUUAGAGGAGAGAGAAGAUGAAGAAGAAGAAGGAGAAGGAGAAGAGGAGGAGGAAGGGAAGGACAGGUGGUGCGACACAGAUAAAACCCACACCUGCAAAGCCAAAUCUAAUAGUGCCCUGUCUUUAUUUUUUAGCAUGUGGGCAGGUGGUAGAAGCCACCCAGAAGAAAUGUAGCCAUACUGACUGAACUGGCGGACAUUUUUGUCUGUAACCAGCGCCAAGCUAAGUCUGCUUUUCACGUUUACACAGGACACACCAGCCAAGAGGCUGCAUGCUUCUCCAUCACACUUUUUCCUACGUCAGUUUGAAGAAACUGUACAGAAAUAUGUCACAGCUGUAUGUUACAUAUUAUUAUUAUUAUUAUUAUUAUUAUUAUUAUUAUUAUUAUGUUACAGAGGAAAAAAGUGUACAGUGCUGCUCCUGGGUCGUUCAUUGUUGAUUAGUCUCUAUUUCCUGUUCUUUGUUUUGCAAAGUGAAGUGUCUGGAAUUGAGGUUCCACUUUUAUUUCUGUGCUGGUUUCGUUCAGUUUCCUGUCAUUUGACUUUUUCUCUUUUCCUGUUUCACAAUGAACAGAGCCAGUUUUGGGUGUCCUCAGGUUAUACUCUUGGGAAAUAAUAGAAGGAAAAGCUGUCGAUCUGUGCUAUGUGUUGGGUGUCACGCGUACUUGACCUGAUGCGUCAAAAUGCCAGUCAGCCAUAAGUGUUUUGUAUCUGCCUUUCCCCUGCAAGCUUUCUGUUUUUCCUUCUUGUUUUGUUCAGAAACAUCAGUGUUACUUUGUCAGGACUUGAAUUUUUUAAUAUAUAUAUUAUUGCUGUAUUAUAGGUGUUGUUAUUGAUAUCAAAGAUGUCAUGUUUUUGUUGUCAAUAUUGUUUCAUGGUUUAUUUUUGUUCAGAUGAAAGCCAUUUUUUCUUUCCAGUCUAAAAUAUGUGUGUGUGCAUGUCUGAAUGAAUGAGUGAAUAAUUCCUGCCACUGUAUCAGAUCCCACUUUGUGCAUGUGUAGUUGUCUCUACACGCACAUACACCAGUGUUUCCCCCCUGAAAUAUUAUUCUUAUAAGUGUGUGAAAUCUUUGACACUAAAACUAAUUGAGACUGACGAAAUAUUUCAUUCGUCUGAGUUUCAUUGCACCUGUGGGGAAACUCAUGCACUCACUGACUCACUCAAACCGUCCACGUUGUCCUCUGAGCCAUCCAAAAUACUCUCUUCUUCUUCUCUUUUAACAAACACGACAGUUGCUCUUCCAUCCUCUUCUCUCCCGACUCUGGCUGUGAAAAGUAGCAUUUAAUCUGCCUUUAACCAGACAAAAACAAGUAGCACCUAACUCAGACCGUCCUCGUGUUUCUGCAUAAUCUUACUCUCUCUUUCUGUCUCUGUCCACACAGUAUCAGUGUAAUAUUCUGUUUUAUGAGCCUACUCAGUAGCUUAACAGCAAUGAUGUCUCUGUACUAAAGCUGCAAUAUCUCUCCUUGCUUGCUGCGUCUGUGGUCAGAUACCUUUUGGGCGACUUUUUGCUCCAAUCUCACCAACACAAUCAGUGUUAAUCAACUUUUUUUCCUUGAAGCUGGAAGUCUCAGUGAAGACUGUGCUGAUCUCAGUUUUAAUGCAGGUGUGGAGACUUGCAAUGUGUUGUCUUUUUAUAACAUUAACUGUAGACCUGUUUAGAAGAAGAAAAAAAAAACAGUAGUUCAGAGGUGAGCUGAAAGGACAAAACUGAUUCCUGGUCAAAUAUCUUUAAGCUGGUAUUUGUACAUGUUCAGGCUGUCGAUAUGGCAUUCUGCAAAAAAAACAAAAAACAAAACAAAAAACAAAAAAGAAAAAAAAAGAAAAAGUGAAUGUACCUGUCACUGGAAGGCAUGCUCUGCUUUCUCUGGUUGUUUUUGUUCCUCUUUUAUACACAGUGUAUGUACUAUUUAUGAUCAUGCUUUUGGGGUGUACAUUGGUUUAAAAGAAUCUGUUAUAAAAGGUGUUAUAAAAGGAUAUAUUAUCCUGUGUACGGUUCAUUAUCUACUAUUAAUCAUGGCAACAUUUUAACAGGCUACACUCGGUCUGUCAUGUUUGUGCUACGAAGCGGAAAAAAAAGAAAAGCGUUGUGUCUCUUUGUCUGCGCCACUCUGGACACGGUUAUGUAUAAGGUGCAAUUUGUGUUAUAUUUCUUUUUUUUAAUGAUACAAACAUGUCUAUGGUUGUAAGAAAAAAAGACUUUAUGGGGGAAAAUUCAUCUGCUUAUUAAAAAAGCAAAACUGCA